GGGGGGGGGGGUUCCUGAAAGAGGAAGUGUGAAUCCCGGGCGGGUAUUCGUGGCUGCCAUGUUAGGCUCGGGCAAGUGUUCGGCUGCGAAGGCUUCUGUCUGCCACGUUUUAAAAAGAGAUCAACGAUGGCAGCAGCGCCUUCGCCUGUAGUCCAAUGCGGGAUGGUCAUCUGACGUUCUGGUCCCGCCUCCUCGUAGUGGAAACAGCGGGUGCCACGUGACUUUUGGGGGAUCCCUGCUUGAGAGGCCACGUGGGCUGUUUUGCGGAUCGGAAUUGUGAAUCCGGUAUGGCUGAGAAGAAAACCACCAGAGGACAGUUCCUGCUGCUUUUCCUGAUCAUUACAGUCGCUUUCACGCAUUUAGCCAUUUGCCCAUUUACCAAAGUGGAGGAAAGCUUUAAUCUGCAGGCCAUUCAUGACAUUGUGUACCAUAAAUUGGACUUGGAGAAGUAUGAUCAUCAUGAAUUUCCUGGAGUUGUCCCGAGAACAUUCCUUGGUCCAAUAUUUAUUGCUCUGCUCUCCAGCCCAGCCAUCUGUGUGCUGUCUCUGUUGCAGAUAUCUAAGUUCUACACGCAGCUGAUAGUUCGAGGAACCUUGGGGCUGUGUGUGAUUUAUGCCUUGUGGAGGUUGCACAAAGAAGUCAGGAAGCAGUUUGGCUCGACCGUGUCUGUGAUUUUCUGCCUGAUCACUGCGACUCAGUUUCACCUGAUGUUUUAUUGUACUCGGACCCUCCCUAAUGUGUUUGCCCUUCCUAUUGUUCUGCUGGCAGCUACGUCAUGGAUUCAGCAGAAGCAAUUCUCAUUUAUCUGGUUCUCAGGUUUGGCCGUUAUUGUCUUUAGAGCUGAACUAUGUAUCUUCCUGGGCUUGAUGCUUCUAGUGACCCUCUUUAACAAACGACUCUCUAUUCUGAAAAUGCUUUCCUAUGCCAUACCUGCGGGGGCUUUUUGGUUAGGACUGACAGUGGUCACGGACUCUGUGUUUUGGAGACUAAACAAUUACAAGAAAUCUUGGCUGUAUAAGUUGGGCUCUCUCUUUGUCGUAGCGCACCUGCUGGCGAAUGCGGCUUACUCGGGUGUGUCGCUCUACGUAUCGCACUUCAAUUAUCCUGGAGGAGUUGCAAUGCAAAAGCUGCACCAGGUGGUGCCCCCAAGCACAUAUGUUUCUGUCCACAUUGAUGCAGCCUCAGCACAAACUGGAGUCUCUCGAUUUUUGGAAGUCAAUUCAAAUUGGAAGUAUGACAAACGGGAAGAACUCAAACCAGGUGACCAGCUCAUGUUCUCGUACACACACAUAAUCAUGGAGAUGGAUCCUGUUCAAAUGUCGCAUUACGAGACAACCCACCGCAUAGUGGCACGCAUUUCUGGGACUACCGGGAUUACCUUGAAUUUCACUGUAUUACCUCUGUUUACUAUAAACAUGAAAUCCCAACUAGCAUUGUUGGAAAGGCUUCCCACUUCAAGACCAUAAUUCCGCCCCCCCCCCCCAACAGCUUCACAUUUUGGAGAUAAAUUGGUGCACUAAUUCAAAACCAUAAUGCAGGAACCAUGAGAGCCUGAAAGGAUCUUUUAGUAUCGUUUUCCUUCUGUGAGCAGUUGGCAUAUCCUAAGGUUACAUACCUACACAUUUCUAUGUAAUCCAGUUGUAUAUAUUGCCAUUUUAUAUAAUGUUUUAAGAUAUGAACUGGGGAGGGAUGGUGGCUCAGUGGUAGAGCAUCUGCUUGGGAAGCAGAAGGUCCCAGGUUCAAUCCCCAGCAUCUCCAACUGAAAAAAGGGUCCAAGCAAGUAGGUGUGAAAAACCUCAGCUUGAGACCCUGGAGAGCCGCUGCCAGUCUGAGAAGACAAUAUUGACUUUGAUGGACCAAGAGUCUGAUUCCGUAUAAGGCAGCUUCAUAUGUUCAUGAUAUACAGUUUACGCUUCUAAUAAAUUGUGUAGCCCUUUAAUGUCAUUCUAUACAAAUUUAUUACGUUUGGUUAAAUGAUAUACUACUGUUUGCCCUAUUAACCUGUCACAUGGCAUUUUAAUGUCAUUUUGGUUAAUGUUUUAGCUACAUUCAUGAUAAACAACUUCAAAUGAUCUUCUCGCCGCUCAUCAUCUUGAGAGCAAGAUUAUUACCUCCUGCAGGAAAUUCUCAGGGUACUGUAAACAAAAGUUCAACAUAGUUUUCUCUGAAACUAUGUGAUCGGUGACUCAUCUAAAAUUUGGGAUGUCUGUCUACAUGUCUGGGAUAUUUCUGCAUAUAGAGAACUGGAUGCAGCCAGCUUAUUCACUAAAUCUUGUUCCGUUCCCCUCCUGUAUGGUUUCCAUUCAUGCCGAUCUCAUGGCGGCUUGCUGCUGUCUGCACCAAUGGCAAAACUGGCUGGAUCCAACCUAGACAUUAUUCAAAGGCAAUACUCGUGUAUGUAUAUCAGAUGAGCAGGUGCAUUCCCAGCCAUUCUGGGGCUUAUAUUUUACACGUUAUAAAAUGACAUCAUGGAAAGUAAGUUGUUGAUAUGAUGACUAAAGAUAUGUAAAUAAAGAGGAAA